AUGCAGUGGGGCCAGUUCCUGGACCACGACCUGGCGUUGGCGCCGUCCGUGGAGCCGGACCGGCCGUGCUGCCGGGACGGCCAGUUCUCGCAGGGCGCGCACCCCUUCUGCCUGCCGAUCGUGGUGUCGGCCGACGAUCCGACCCACAGCCUCUGCGGCUGGACGUGCCUCGAGUUCACGCGCUCGGUGCCGGCGUGGGACGCGAGCCUCCGCUCGCUGACGCAGCUCAACACCCGCACCAGCUUUGUGGACGCCGAUAUGCUGUACGGCGUCAGCCGAGCCUGGACGGCGUCGCUGCGGGACGACAGGGGCGGAAGGCUGCGGGUGAACGACGGGAAGUUCCUGCUGCCCGACGACGAGCCGGAGAUGUGCCUCAGCGCGCUGGAGAGCGAGCCCUGCUUCCGGUCCGGUGACCUGCGCGUCAACGAGCAGGUGCGGCUGGCCGUGAUGCACACCAUCUGGAUGCGCGAGCAUAAUCGGAUCGCCUCUCGCCUGGAGAAGAUGAAUCCAUUGUGGGACGAUGAGCGACUCUUUCAGGAGAGCCGCAGGAUCGUGGUCGCCGAGGUCCAGCACAUCACCUACGCCCACUGGCUGCCGGUCGUUCUGGGCGCCAACUUCACGCGCUCCUACAUGAUUGACCAGCCCCAGACCGUCUUCGGUUACUCAAACAGAUACAACGCGGGCACGGACCCCACCAUCGCCACCGAGUUCUCCAGCGCCGCCUUCCGCUUCGGCCACUCGAUGGUCAACGACAACGUUUUCCUGUUCUCGAACGUGCGCGCGGGUCCGUCCGGCUUCACCCAUCUCAAGGAUCUGUUCUUCAACCCGCGCCUGUUGUACGAGGGGGCGAUGGACCUCCUGGCGAAGAGCCUGGUGGUGCAACAUCCGCAGACAUGCGAUACCAGUUUCGCGCCUGCCCUCACCGAGCAUCUGUUCCAGGAGCGGGGCAGCGCCUGUGGUCUGGACCUCUUGGCUAUCAACAUCCAGCGCGGCCGCGACCACGGCAUCGCCACGUACGCCGCGGCACGCCGCUGGUGUGGUCUGCCCCCGAUGCCGACCUUCAGUGACCUGACGCGGGUCAUGCAGCCCGACGCGGUCAUUCGCCUGGCGGGCGUCUACCGCUCGGUGGAGGACAUCGACCUCUUCAUCGGCGGCGUGUCCGAGAGGCCGGAAGGCGCCCUGGUGGGCCCCACCUUCCAGUGCAUUAUUGGCAACCAGUUCUUCCGGCUGCGCUGGGGUGACAACUACUUCUACGACCUGGGAGGCGACGAGCGACCCUGGCGUUUCACGCCCGCUCAGCUGCGGGAGCUGCGGCGGGCCACCCUGGCCCGGGUCUUUUGCGACGCAAUCGGCACGAUCACCGAACUGCAGGAGGACGCGUUCCGCGCGCAAGGCGAAGACAAUCCUUUUCGCAACUGCCGGGACCUGCCUGAGGUCGAUCUAGAUCACUGGCGGGCCGAGGGGUGACAGUGUCACCCUGGGUCACUAGCGGACAGAGGGGUGAUAGUGUCAACCUGGGUCACAAACGGACGGAGGGAUGGCAGUGUCACCUUAGGUCACUAGCGGACGGAGGGGUGGCAGUGUCAACCUGGGUCACAAACGGACGGAGGGAUGGCAGUGUCACCUUAGGUCACUAGCGGACGGAGGGGUG